CCCCCACCCCCACCCCCGGCCUAAGCAGCUACCAUGUCUGAGGUUCCCGGCGCGGCGUUGUCCCAGGCGGGUUGGUAUCUUUCAGAUGAAGGCAUUGAAGCUUGCACAAGUUCUCCUGACAAAGUCAAUAUAAAUGACAUCAUCCUGAUUGCUCUCAAUACAGACUUAAGAACAAUUGGCAAGAAAUUCCUCCCCAGUGACAUCAAUGGUGGAAAGGUAGAAAAGCUUGAAGGUCCAUGUGUUUUGCAAAUUCAAAAAAUUCGCAAUGUUGCUGCACCAAAGGACAAUGAAGAAUCUCAGGCUGCACCAAGAAUGCUGCGUUUGCAGAUGACUGAUGGGCAUAUAAGUUGCACAGCUGUGGAAUUUAGUUAUAUGUCAAAAAUAAGCCUGAAUACACCACCUGGAACUAAAGUGAAGCUCUCAGGCAUUGUGGAUAUAAAAAAUGGAUUCCUGCUCUUGAAUGACUCUAACACUACAGUUCUUGGUGGUGAAGUAGAACACCUUAUUGAGAAAUGGGAGUUACAGAGAAGCUUGUCAAAACACAAUAGAAGUAAUAUUGGAACUGAAGGUGGACCACCUCCUUUUGUGCCUUUUGGACAGAAGUGCAUAUCUCAUGUCCAAGUGGAUAGUAGAGAACUUGACCGAAGAAAGACAUUGCAAGUUACAAUGCCUGUCAAACCUACAAAUGAUAAUGAUGAGUUUGAAAAGCAAAGGACUGCUGCUAUUGCGGAAGUUGCUAAGAGCAAAGAAACCAAGACAUUUGGAGGAGGUGGUGGUGGUGCUCGAAGUAAUCUCAACAUGAGUGCUGCUGGUAACCGAAAUAGGGAAAUUUUACAAAAAGAAAAGUCAACCAAAUCUGAGGGGAAACAUGAAGGUGUUUAUAGAGAACUGGUCGAUGAGAAGGCUCUGAAACACAUAACAGAAAUGGGCUUCAGUAAAGAAGCAUCGAGGCAAGCUCUUAUGGAUAAUGACAACAACUUAGAAGCAGCACUGAAUGUACUUCUUAACAGCAAUAAACACAAACCUGUUUCAGGACCACCUCUGAGAGGCAAAGGAAAAGGAAGGGGGAGAAUAAGAUCUGAAGAAGAGGAGGAACUGGGAAAUGCAAGGCCAUCAGCACCAAGCACAUUAUUUGAUUUCCUGGAGUCUAAAAUGGGGACAUUGAGUGUGGAAGAACCUAAGUCACAGCUGCAGCAGCUUCAUCAGGGACAGCACAGAUUGUCAAAUACUGAGCAAAAUGGAGUAAAAGAUAAUAAUCAACCAAGAUAUCUUCCGCGAAAUGAUACCAGACAGCCAAGAAAUGAGAAACCUCCUCGUUUUCAAAGAGACGCCCAAAAUUCAAAGUCAGUUUUAGAAGGCAGUGGAUUACCUAGAAACAGAGGUUCUGAAAGACCAAGUACUUCUUCAGGAUCUGAAGUAUGGGCUGAAGAGAGAAUCAAGUGUGAUAGACCCUAUUCCAGAUAUGACAGAAGUAAAGAUACUACAUACCCUAUAAGUUCUCAGCACAGUGAUGGUGCUUUCAAAAAAAGGGAUAACUCUAUGCAAAGCAGAUCAGGAAAAGGCCCGUCCUAUGCAGAGGCAAAAGAAAAUCCACUUCCUCAAGAAUCCACUGAUUAUAAUAAUCAAAAACGUGGGAAAAGAGAAAACCAAACAGCAAAUCCUGAUCAUUUUUAUGACAGGAAACCACGAACAAUAAGUAAUGAAACUUUCAGUGGUGUAAAAAUUGAAAAACAUUUUAAUGUAAAUACUGAUUUCCAGAAUCCUGUCCGAACUAAUAGUUUCAUUGGUGUUCCAAAUGGAGAGACAGACAUGCCACUGAAGGGCCGGCGAGUAGGACCUAUUAAGCCAACAGGACCCAUCACAGCUACGCCCUAUGAUGAUAAAGUGUUUUACAGCAGUGGGCCCAAAAGAAGAUCUGGGCCUAUUAAACCAGAAAAAGUACUGGAAUCAUCUAUUCCUAUGGAGUACGCAAAAUUGUGGAAACCUGGAGAUGAAUGUUUUGCACUUUACUGGGAAGACAACAAGUUUUACAGAGCAGAAGUCGAAGCUCUCCAUUCUUCAGGUAUGACAGCAGUUGUUAAAUUCAUUGAUUAUGGAAACUAUGAAGAGGUGCUACUAAGCAACGUCAGGCCCAUUCAGACAGAGGCAUGGGGUGGCCAUAACUGCUGAGCACAUUUGUCGUUCCUCACUGUAGCUCUUCCAUUCAAAGGUGUUUGGUACUGGGUGAUAAUUUUCUUUCUACAGUCAGUGUCUUUGCCUUUCCCCGUCUUGAUAGUCUUCAUUGCUUUAUCAUUGAUUUUAAGUCCAUAUAAAGUUAGCUGGACAAUAACUUUAUCAGAUGUCACAGCCCAUGUAGCGAUUCUGAACCACAGCAAUACUUUCAUAUUCUUUCUACCCAUUUGUGAAUAUUCAUCUAUGCUUUAUUCCAUUUUUUUACCAAUUUACUUUUUUGCAGUCAGCUUAAAAAUCUUGUAAAAUGCUUGAAGUAUUUUACAGAAAGAAGCAGGAUAGAAUCACUAAAUCUUUUGAAGAUUUUGGUUGAUAUUUUAUGAUUUUGUGUAAAUUAAUAUAGCAGAUAUUUUUGCAUCAUAAACAUUGUUUUGGGGGACAAGAUCAUUCUUCUUUAUCUGCUUCAAUAACUGACUUAGUUUGUAGAAGCAUCUCCUUGAUAUGCAGAUGAUGUCACCAUCACCUUCAUUCAUCUCCAUUUUUAAAAAAAUGCAUAUAUGCGUUUUUCCAUAAAAAGCCCCUGAAGAAAAAGAGUGCAUGCAGUUGUCAAUACAUUUAAUGUAGAGUUAGCGUUGUGUUCUCCUGGCCUCUGAGAGUAUUAAUGU